CCUCGAUACUAAGAUUCCAAGGGAAAGUAGAAAUUAUUGUGGAGAAAAGUGAAUGGAUACUUCGAAGAGAGACCUCGACCAAGUCUGCCGCAGAGCAAAAUCCAACGCUCAAUUGAAUUCGACGAUUCGACAGAAACUUGAAAACAUCGGUGCGGAUACGACUAAGGAUUUCUAUUUCAUACAAGAAUACGGUGAGGUGGAGCACAGAGCAGCCCUCAAUUAUUUGCUUACUUCGUACCAUAUAACUGAGGAAUCGAUUGGUAGAUUUCUAGAUCAAUCUAGUUACAAUAGAGAAUGGUUUGUUACGAGAGAAGAAAAACUGGGUGAUGACGAUAUUGCCACAAGAAAUAACUCGAAAUCCGAUGAGGUGAUCGAGGGUGUUUCGGUAUUGCAUCUUCUAGUUUACCGAAAUUCUUUGCACGUUGGAAAAAUAGCGAAGCUGCUCCUCGACUGGUCUCCCGUUCCGAAAAAACUAAUUGGUUCAAGCAGUAAGGCAAAUAUCUGCUCACUGGCGUCAAUUCCUAUGGCAUGCGGCAGUUAUCCACUCCAUAUCGUGACGGGGCAGAAUUUGACGAUCAAAGAAGAAUUGUUGAGAACCCUUAUCAAGGCGAAUCCUACUGUUGCAUUCAAAGAUGACGUGAAUGGGGACAACCCAAUAUCUUUGUUGUGGAAGAAUACACUUGUGAGUGUCACAUGAAGUCUAUGGUGAAUCGUUAUCUUAUAGGAAGGUGUUGUGUUCCGCUUUUGUAAUUUUCUCACUGGUUCAGUAUUGCAUAAUUGAACCGUCAUUUAUAAUGUAGAGAUUCCGUUGGGCUAUUUCAAUAAUGGAAGGCGCAAACUUCAUCGACUACAUCAAAGAUGACGACUAUUCCUGGAUGGCCGUCAUUACUCCUUAUCGGUUCUUAAAAUUCUCGUUGUUGAUGGCUUCCGCAGCACUAGAUGAAGAUCACGAAACGGAUAUGUUGAAAAGUCGUUUUCAUUCAAUUCAUCACCUUUGCAGAAUCCCUCGUUGCCCGCCUAUGCUCUUGCGACUUCUUCAAUCUGCCGGAUACAACGAGUUAUUUGGUUUUGACGGAAAUGCAUUUACUUUUGAUGAAAAUGGUAUGCUCCCAAUCCACUACGCCGUGCAAAGCCCGCCAGUGUCGUAUAAGUUUGUUCCAUCUUAUCUUCAAGCAACAGAUCAUAAGAGCCUGGUACAAAUAUUGUUAGAAGAAAAUCCGAAUGGAGUAAAGGUUGCUGAUGAUCAAGGACGACUCCCCCUUCACUAUGCGUUGGACAGUGGUCGCUUGCUAGAAAAAGAUGUAUUGGCAUUAGUAAGACUCUAUCCUGACAGCUUGCGUAUCAGAGAUCCCAAAACUGGUCUCCUCCCGUUUAUGCUUGUUGCGACAAACACAUCGAGGACAUCGGUUUAUACGGACAUGGUUCUUUCAAGUGCUUUCAUUGGGGAUUCUGAACAAGAACUACUUCAAUCCUGUCUACGUAAUGAUUUUGAAAAAUUAAAGAGAGUGAUAAGUCGAAGUCCUGUAAGAUACCAAGCUCAAUGGAAAAGAGAUCACGUGAGUAUGAGCUUUUUACUACUUUUGCUAUACCCCGAUGUGAUUCCAUGUCAGGCUAAAAUGCCUGUGAUACAACAAAGCUGCAAUUGAUGAAAGCCCUCUUCUGUAUUUUUGGAUACCGUAGUUCAUAGACUGCUGGUGGGAAUGGUACUGUACAUGUACUACAAUAUUUUCAAGCAAAUAUUAAGAAUACUAGAUGAGAGUGAUGAUGAUGGUAUAUUAUUUUCAAAAGGCAUGUUCACACGCCCAAAAUUACACUUUGGUUCUGAAAAUUAUCACCCGGAAUUCCUACUGAUUCCUACAUAGAUCCAUACCUGAACAAUCUGGGAUCUGAACCACCAUGGUGACACCCCCUGCCAAAGCAAAAAAAUCCACCUCCCUGUCCUCUGCCAAGAAACUAUUUUGCCUGUUUGAAACCAGAAGCCUUGACUUUCUAGCUGUACAUUUUGGAUCAAAUUGAUAUUAUGUCCAAUCUGCCUUUUUUUGCUUCCCUGAGUUUGGUUUGUUGUGUACUUUGAAGUUGACAGUAUCGUGGUAGAUUGUGCAAUACCAGCAUUUAUUGUUUUGUGAGGAUUUGUGUUUGGUUGUCUAUGACGUUGAUUACCUCAUCCACUGCUUGUGGUAUGAUCGGUCUGUUUAAUUUGGCUCUGAGGAAGUCAGCGGUGCUGAUUGUCAUGGCUUCAGUGUUAAGGUGGCAUUGGUGUUCUGUAGCAGCAAUUUCUUUGGUGGUUUGUGUGAUGUAUGCCAUGGGUCCUAGGCCAUUGCGUCCUGACAUGUGGGGGUCAGGUGUGAAACAGAACUUGGCAACGUUUGUUGUCCAGUCAUGCACUAGGUGUCCUUGGAGUUUGAGGAAUUAAAUUGUUAAGGGGUUUGUGAAGAAGUGUUCUACUUUUGUUUUGCGUUUUUUAGGAUUUGUUCCCAUGCAUUGUUGGUGAUGGUGUGGAAGGUCUGGAGCUGGUGGGAGAUUGGCAUUCCUGACCACCCUUGUGCAAUGUGGAUGAGUUGUAUGUUAGUCAUUGGUUGUUGGGUUGGUUUGGUAGGUUUAGGUGCAUUGAUAAUGGAGGCAUAUAGGUUCAUUUGGCUGGUGUUUUCUUCAGGUAUUGGGGUGGCUGUUGUGUUUGCAAGCAGUUGGUGGAGUCUUCUACUAGUAUGAUGUGUAUGUUGUGGUGGUUUGGGCUGAUUGUUGGUGGUGCAAUGUUUCUUUGCAGGGUGGUGGCUGGUGUUUGGAAUUGGUUGUGGGUGGGUUCCGGUGGCGUUUGGUACAGGUAGUGGUGUUGGUUGGUUAGCUGGGGUGACUCAUUGAGUAGGAGGUUGCUGGUUGCUGGGUCCUCUUUUUUGCGUGUGCAUGCUGCUAGGAGCCAUUUUGCAGUUGCAGAGAUUCGGUGAUUGAUUUCUCCCUAAUGAGGUUGUUGUGACAUUUGUUCAGAUGAGUGGGUACUAGUUGGUUGGUGCAAUAGAACUCUAGGAGGGAGGAUGGGAUGUGUCCUAGGAGUCUCUUGUUUUUUGCUUUUGUGGUUGUAUGGGAUUUGAGGAAGGGGAUUGGGUUUUUGUUUAGGGCUUGUUUGGUUGUGUUGGGGCCAGUGAUUUGUAGGCACUUCCUGUUGUCAGGGUUAGUAAGUGCUUCCUGACAUUGGAUUGUGAGGACCUUGCAGUUGGCUGGGUGUAGAUCAAUGACAUGGAGUAUGUUUUGGCUGUGUCCCAGGGCAAAGACUGGUGAAACCCUGUUGUUGUCAAGGAUUGCUGCUUGGUACACAAGUCCCAGGUUGUGGGGGAUGAUCCUUUAGGAUGGUGACGAUGGCAUCACAGACUACAGGAGCAAGGGCAAGGGCUGGCAUGCUGACAGUGUGUAAGCUUUGGGAGAAUUUGGUUUGUACAAAUUUUACUUUGUG